UAACAAUCAGAUUUAUUUAAACUCUGUAUUUAUAGAUCGAUGUAAUUGUGACUUAUACACAGCUACUGCAUCAUGUUGCAUAAUAGCAGUCUCAACAUCUGAGAGAUUAUCAUGUAAAGCUGAUAAGAUUAACUUCAUUAUUUCAAAAUAGUUACACUUAUUCAGACCAUAUCAAUUACGCUUCAGAUCAGUUGUUAGUAAAAUGUGAAUUUUGAAAUCGUAUAAUGGAAAAUACAAAAAGUGAUCAUGAUAAAAGGAAAAGGAGAGUUAAUGGUAUUUUUGCUAUGCCAAAGGCUGUACCAGCAAUCCUUUUAAACAUUCUACUGGAGCGUUUUUCUACUAACGCAACAUUAGCGAUUCUUGUACUGUAUCUAAAUCGAAAAUUAAGCUUCGAUCCCAGUUUAUCGACUGCGUUAUUUCACACAAAUGAGCUUUUAGCGUACGGAUUCACAAUCUUUGGAGCAAUUAUUGCUGAUAGUUGGUGGGGUCAUUUCAAGACUAUUUUGUGGAUGUCACUAGUCUUCGCAGUUGGAAGUGUUAUCGUGUCUGUAGGAUCUAUUGAACAAUUACACUUACCAACUACAGCAUUUACAAUUGUUGGUUUACUGAUUGCUGUAGUUGGUUCUGGUAGUACGAGAGCUAAUUUGAUUGCUUUUGGCGGUGAUCAAUACGAGGCAUCGGAUCAAGGCGAAGAAUUGAAAUUGUAUUUUUCAAUACAAAUUUUCUUCCUCAAAACUGGAUCGCUGUUGGGCCGUUUCGUAAACCCAAUGUUGAAAAAUAUCGAAUGUUUCGGAAUGUCCGAUUGUUAUCCGGUAGGUUUUGGGACGCCAGCUAUUGCUAUGAUCGUAGGUUUCUUGCUUCUAUUAACUGUAAAGUCAUCAUGUUUGCGGAAACCACCAUCUGGAAAUAUGCUAAUUAAAGUCAUCAGAUGCAUGAUGGAUGCCAUUGCAGAAAAAUGGAAACGGCACAAUGAAGAACCGAAAAGUCACUGGUUGGAUUACGCUGAAAUGAAACACGGGGCUCAUCUCGUAGCUGAAACGAAAAUCGUCAUUGGAAUACUUAAGCUUUACAUACCGCUCCCAAUAUUUUGGGCAGUCUAUAUGCAGCAAGGUUCUCGAUGGAUCUUUCAAGCAACAAGAAUGAAUGGAGAUAUUGGCUUCUACACAGUCACUCCCGACCAGAUGAUUGUUUUGAAUCCAGCAUUUGUCAUAAUUUCACUUCCCCUUUGCAAUUAUGUAAUCUACCCGCUAAUCUCAAAAUUUCAAAUCACAACUUUGUUGCAGAAAAUGACUAUUGGUGGAAUGCUAGCGGUUGUGGCUUCUAUUGUUGCAGCUGUUAUUGAAAAUAAGAUCGAUAAAAACUUCUUAAAUAUUUUAUGGCUAGCGCCACAAUUUUUCCUACUUGCGUUAAGUGAGAAUUUCUUGUUUGUCUCUCAUUUAAGCUUUGCAUACACGGAAGCUCCCGCAAGCAUGAAAUCGGUGAUGACAUCGUUUGUUUUUGUAGUAAUUGCAGUGGGUAAUUUAUUCGUAGUUUUUAUCAGCGGAUCCAAGAUUUUUGAAUCUCAGUCUAUAGAAUUUCUAUUCUUUGCAGGAAUUCUUUUCGUUUCUAUGUUAAUUUUUGGAGGGUUAGCUUAUCGAUAUCAACCUAUUCAUAGGCUCAGUUGAUUUUAAAAUCUCUAAGAAACAUAAAUUUUUCUGUUUGCCAAAGGCAAACGAUGUCCUCUGGUCGAUGUGGUCUUAUUUAAUAAAACGUAUGUUUGUUAAAAGUAAUUCGGUGUGCGAAACUCUUGAAGAAUGAAGAUACUUUAAACAAAAGAAGUAAUAGAUUUAUGAUUUGGAUUUAUGAAUUGAUAAAGAGCAAUUUCAAGUCAUAAACGUGUGUAGGGUAUAAUUAUCGUGUCGUGCGUACGUAAUAGUCCUUGUUAAAUAAUUGAUCUUAAAUUUAUUUAUAAAGCAGAAAGCACAACGCAAUAAUUGUGACUUGACUAGAUAAGCACAGAUUUUCUGGUGAAAGUAAUCACUGAUGUGAUUUUAUUGGUAAUGAAAAUAAAUACUUAAUUUCAAAUAAUCAGUUGAGACUAC